UUACCAGCGGAAAUGACAAUCCUUGUAUGGAAUUGGAAGACGGGGGAUCUACUCUGGCAGGCUGACGGCAGAGGUUACGAUACGUUCAGCUUUGUAGAUGAUCGUCUUAUCCUUGCGCUGCGUGCGCAGGGUCACGAAGUGGACAUCUUCGAGCUGGACCCGUCAAACGAGCGCAUGUGCUUUCCUACAGUGAUGUAUGGCGCGCGGUGUACGUUUACGCUACCUCAGCGCGUCUAUGCGGAUCUGGACAGUACUGCAUGGCCCUUCAUCGGCACCCAUUACAUGAGUGGAUUAUCGCGCAGGGAUCCGUCGCGGCCAUUUUAUCCGUCUGCACGGCGCGACCUCGUGGUGCACUUCAGUACAUGUAUGGCUUCUUCGACGACAUCAGCGAUGCUGGUCCCUGUGCACGCGAUCCGGUCCUGGGUCCGAGAGGCGAAAAACGGCAGUAUAGGGGACGACGAUCAAAACAUGGAUAGGUACGGAAGCAAUUGCCUGGGCCAUACAUCCGAGAACCUCACGGACAACCGUAUUAGUGACGAAGAUGACACCGGUGACGACGUUGAGUACAAGUACGCCGACCAUGAUGUCAACAAUGCCGAAGCCGAAGCCGAUGUUAGAUGGCCUUUGUGGAUCACUCGCUACCCCCGGGUACUCGGCCGUGGCCCUCCCUGCUGCGCUGAGGUGCAAGGCAUGCAUGCUACAAUCGCAAAUAUUGAGAAUGCGGAAGGAGACGGCUACGAACUCCGAGUCACAUUCCUGGACUAUACUGCCGUCGGGGGCAAGAGUUUCGACUUCACCGCCAAAAACCUCACCGCGUGGAGACACGGUGACCUAGGUGACCUCCCUUUGUACAGCGAAGGCGUCCAUACGGCCCUUGUGCGGGCUGAUGAUAUUCUCGUAUACGACGCACCUAGACGUGGCGACGUCGUUGUCAUUCCGGAUUAUGCACUUCUACAGCAGUGUAAAGUAGAUGGUCGCUACAGGUGGCAGAUUUACUAUAUUACUAGUCCCGAUUCCGAUGAAGACGAUGUCCGGUUAACUUAA